AUGGCGGCCACAUCAGUUCCUCUUUUUUCGCCCUCUUCACAACCUGAUUUGGAAAAUAUGGAGGCCGAUAACCAAAUGAAUGAGUUUUCAUUCGGUCCUCCUAUGAGUCAAGAUGCCUCCAUGUACUCAGGAUCGAUUGAGCAACAGGAAGAAUUCAUGGAAAGUGGUAGAAAAGUUGACGAAUCGAAUGGAGGCCCUCGGUACAGAUUCCCUUUCUAUUCGCAAAUUUUCAAUAAGAAAAACUACGAUUGGUUAUUGGAAGUGGAUCAAUCGGGUGAUGAUGAUGAUUUCAUCAAGCCCUUGCUGUAAGUGAAUUUGUAGUAUAUCAAUAAUGCGUGGCUUUGUCGCUUCGUUUGUGUUUGUUAUGUAGAAUCGAAUUUGAACAGAACCCAAAUUUAAUUUUAAUUGAAAGCAAGGCGUAUAUUUGACUUCGUGGAUUUUCAGUUCGUUCCUUACGCAAUUUUAUUUAUGCGUGUAAAAUUUACUAUUAUAGAAAUUUAUACGCAUAAUUUAUAUUUGAAUAUUGCUCGUAUUUUAUUCUUACGGAGGUUAUAUAUGAAAAAGAAAUUUCAUCACUGAUUUUGGGGUGGCUGAAGGGUAUCUGGUGAUUUCGCCAACGAGUGAUUUCGCCAACGUCACGUUCGCCAACGUCUUAGGUCGCUUCGCCAAAGCGAAAAGUCGCUUCGCCAACGUCCUACUGGUCACUUCGCCAAUGUUUUAGUUUACUCUAAAUAAAAAUUUACUAUUACAUUACUGAGCUGACUUGAUUUCCCUGUUCGAACUUAGUUUCCUUCCGUUAUUUUGUUCGGACUUAGUUUCCUUCUCUUGUAUGCGCAACUUAAAACACAGUGGGCCCACAUAAAUGCACGGCACGCCACGCAUCACCGGCGCUACAUGUUGCUGAAUUUAACUUAGAGCAAUAAAGUCGUGUGUGUGCAACCUUUUCCUUAAGUUCUUCUAUAAGGUUUAUUUGUCGAUAACAGAGAUUUAUAUAAUUACCUUUGAGACUUCUAGAACAGAGAUUUAUAUAAAGAAACUGGUGCGUGUACAAGAAGCCCGUCCGCACAAAUAACAACCUGGAAGGCUGGCAUAACGCCCUCAAUCGCAGAGCUGGAGGACAAUGCAGUUUGCCCUUUUACCUUUUAAUUGAGUUACUUGAUCGGGAGGCAAAACUCACAGCUAUUACAAUCAGGCUGGUCUCUGACAACAAACUGAAACAAAUUCAACGACAAACAACAAAAAACAUUCAGGCAAAACUAUUCGCAAGUUGGGAGAAGUAUGGGAACAACAAGAAAACUGCUGCUCAACUACUCAGGACGUGCUCGCGUUUGAAUGGACCAGUGCGCUCUAACUGAUCAUGAACGAACUGAACUAGCAUGAAGUAAGCUGAGAAUCAGAAGGUUUUGUAAAUAGGUUUUGACUAAAGCAUUUUUUUGAAUCAGAAGGUUUUGUAAAUAAGUUUUGCAUUGAAAAUAUUUUGUGAAUCAGAAGGUUUUGUAAAUAGGUUUUGACUAAAACAUUUUUUUGAAUCAGAAGGUUUUGUAAAUAAGUUUUGCAUUGAAAAUAUUUUGUGAAUCAGAAGGUUUUGUAAAUAGGUUUUCCACUAAUAUAUUUUGCACUCGUAAAUAUUUAUAAAAGUUCGUUGUAAUUAAAAUGUUGUUGAUAUUAUACUUGUUAUAUUUUAUUUACCGCGAUUUAUUAUUUACUAUUCAUAUCUAUUUAUUAUACUUGUUAUAUUUUAAAUUACCGCAAUGUUAGUGCUCACACGCCGGCUUUUUCUGGAUCUGUCAAAAAUAUGCAAAUUGUUUAGAAGUCAGCCAAGCGAAACUAGCAUUAACUUAAAAAUGUUCUGACCCAAGUAUCAGCAUUUCAUCCGAAGCAUCAGUAAGCACCCUUUUUACUAAGUUAUUACUAGAUAUUUGGCGUUGGCGAAGUGACCAGUAGGACGUUGGCGAAGCAACUCAUCGCGUUGGCGAAGCGACCAAAGACGUUGGCGAACGUGACAUUGGCGAAAUCACUCAUUGGCAAAAUCACCGCAAUUCGGCUGAAGAGUAACUCUUCCACAAAUUGAAAGAUGUUUGAUUUUUUCUUUUGAUCUUCCUGGUGUACUAUGAGAGUGAACAGAGAGUUAGCCUUGUGUACAAGUGAAGAUGGUAUUUCAUGGUGACUAGAAUCUAUGGAUUGUUUGUUUGGGAAUAAUAGGGCAAAAUUUCAUAGGAGAAGUACGAGAGUUAUUGUAACCCCUCCUUGUAAGAUCUGAUUUUUCAUUUUUUCUUUGCGUGUGAGCAGGCAGAAGUUAGGUUGGAAUUUUAUGAGUGACAGAUUUCUAUCUUUUACACUAAUCUUUUUCUGAUUACAGUCAGUAUCAACUGAUAUGAAAUGUUAUUAGAAAUAUAAACCUUCUUGAAUUUCAUUAUUUUUCUUUGUCUCAUAAAGAGAUUCAAGACUUAUUUCAAAAAAAGAUCAUUAUUUUUCAUUACUUUUGUAGUGAAGAACUGGACAUUGAUCUGCAAGAUAUCUACUACAAGGUUCGCUGCGUGGUGUUUCCUCUUCCAUCCUUGGGGUUUAAAAGAGAUGUAUUGAGGGACAGUCCUGAUUUCUGGGGUCCUCUUUUGGUGGUUCUUUUGUAUGCAAUGCUGGCAUUAUUUGGACAGUUUAAGGUCAGUUCUCGAGUCACAUGAUGGUGUCUGCAGUUUGUUCAAUCCCUUAGUUAAUUAUGAUAUAUGAAACAGGAAAAUCAAAUGCAUUUGAAGUUCCCAUGAGUCUACUCCCUUAUCACUUAGAGUGAUAAGCAUCUUUUUUUUCCAAUAGUAUCAUCCUUGAAUUAAACAUGAAAGGUCACAAGAAUUAAGGAAAUGAUCACCAACUAAAGAAGCUCUUGAUUGUUAAACAAAUUCUCCUUGUCAGCUCAUUAGGAAAUGUAUAGAGAACAGUAAGGAGAAUAUGUAUAAUAACAUUAGAGUGUAAAGGGCUAAAGGAAAAUCUGUCCAUGGUAAGAGCUGUUUGCUAAUUGAAUGCAGUGUAGUUUGUAAAGGUGUCAGAUAAAGAGAAACUUGAUCUUGUUAAAACUAGUUACUACAGUACUGAGUCAGGUUACCUCUCUUCCUUGUAAUGCUUCAUUAAUCUUACAAUUGGCUGUUGUUUGUGCCAGGUUGUCUCUUGGAUUAUAACAAUAUGGCUGCUGGGCUCUCUCAUUAUCUUCUUGUUAGCCAGAGUACUUGGUGGAGAGGUAAGAAGUGUAACAUGCACAAAUCUGUAAUUACUGCAAAAGACCACUGUUGAUUGAUCAUGUAGUAGUGCCCUUUGCCUGCCAGUGAGAGCAAAUUUUUUUACUUUCAAUGCCACACACUUUAUUAAUGGUUACUGUUUGUGGAAACUUCUCAUUAAUAAACACAUACAAGGCAAAGUCUAUUCCCAAUCCAAAUGCCAUAAUUAACUAGAGCUCACUCCAGUUUCUCUAUCUUUAAAGCAUGGUACUCAAGCAAAACUUGGAUGCCAUAUGCAACUCACACACUUUCACACUCUCAUACACAUGCAGUGAUUAGGAUGUAAAAUUAGAGGUGUCUGGCAGAAGAGGAGGAUCUUAUUUUAAGCAUAUUCUGUGGAAACAAAAUUGUGCAAGAAAUGAAAGCAGGCAAAUUUCAUUUCUUUGAAGGUGAACUACUCUCAGUGUCUUGGUGUGAUUGGUUACUCACUUAUCCCGCUGGUGUUGACUGCAACAGCCUUGCCAUUGGUUCAUUACUUUCCCAACAUUAGCGCUGCUAUCAAGGUAUUUAUACUUCUAGUCCAGUUAAAAUAUGUAUGUAGGAAUUGUUACCAUUAAACAGAAGGAAAAGUUGGAAUCGAUCACCAAGAUCUGCAAGAAAUUUGAAAAAGUACUCGCUGCUUUUUUCAGGCCUAGUAUUUAAAUAUAAUAUAUUAAAGUUCACACAGCAACCAGGUGGACAAUCAUACAUAGUUUGAUGCUACUCUGGUUUGCAGUUCUUUUGCCAGCAGAUCUCCUGAGGUGAUUUUCCAGAUGAUAGUUGUAAAGGUGAAACAUAUUUCAAAAUACUGCAAAUAGUGUAUUGGAAGACAAUCUUUUAAAAAGGCUAUGCUAUUUCUUAGAAUCUGAAAAAAGGCAUUGAGUGGUACAUUUUUAUAGGCCUUGAUAUAUCUGCAGGAACUCCUCAUCAAUGUGUGUUGUGUAAGGUGCCUUCUGGAUCAUGAAAAAAUUUCAUGUCUUUCCCUUUCAGUUGUUUGGGGUGGUCUGGGCAUCGUACAGUGCAGGAUCUCUUCUCAUCCAGGAUGAACUAAAGAACAAAAGACUGUUACUAAUGUAUCCCAUUCUGCUCCUCUAUAUUUACUUUUUCUCUCUGUACACUGGUGCUUGAGGGCAGAGGGCAGUAUUUGAACUAAUGUCAUACAGUUGGAAUGUGCUGAUUCACUCUUAGGGUUGGGGUUACAGGGCCAGGUUGUGUUGUUGUAGGUAUCAAAAUUUACUAAAUUAUAGUGAGAAUUCUUACAAAAAAAACCUCCAACUUUUGCUAACAAGCUAAAAGAUUAGAUACACGUGAAGUACUUGGGGCAUAAGCACCUGUUGUAGCUCCUAACCAAAGUGGCUUCGUGGGCAAAUUUGCUGAACUUUGCAUGUGUUUGCAUUGUCUGUUUUUCUAAGCUGUAUGUAUUCAAAACUCAGAUUUGUGAGAUCUCUGAUUUAGCUUGGUUUAGUUUCCUACAGUUCUGAACAAGGGCUCAGUAUAUUUUGAAAUUAUAUCUUGUAGAAAAUAGGCGCUAAAAGAAAAGGGAAGGCUGAGUUAGUAAAAAACAGCCAAAUUACAGCUAGAUAAAUGUAUCAAAACUGUACAUAUAUAAAUGGGAAUUAAAACCAAUGAUGCCAAG